AUGCAGACAACGAAGCUGGAUCCCAACGUCGUCAGCUUCAACGCUGGGAUCAGCGCGUGCGAGAAGGGAAAGCAAUGGCAACGGGCUCUAGCGCUCAUGAGCGAGAUGCGGGAGACGAAGUUGGAGCCUGACGCCAUCAGCUACAAUGCUGGGAUCUCCGCGUGUGAGAGAUGCGGCCACUGGCGGCAGGCAUUGUCAUUGUUCGGUGAGAUGUUCGAGAGCAGUUUGGAGCCGGACGAACUGUUUUACAAUUUGGUCAUCACAGUGUGUGAAAGAACAUCUGGCGAUUUCGCCGGAUUUCCAGACUCCUGCCAGAUCGGUCUUUCGCGUUUCAGAGCAUUUUACGAUGCACUGUGCGUGUGCGAUCAUGAGAGGCAACCACUGUGA